AUGGACGAUUUGGCUCUGAUGGAUACUAAGCCUGAUAGCGGAUGGUUUACUUGGGUAAAAAAUAGGAAAGAGGAGAGUUUGAUAAAGGAGAGACUUGAUAGAUUUCUCACAUCGGUGGCUGUGGUUGAAAAUUUCCCAUUUAUAGCUACCAAAGUGGUGAGACAAACCCAGUCUGAUCAUGACGCGAUUAUCUUAGACUUAUGGGGUCGAAAACUGAAAGAUUUUUGGAAAGACAAUAGAUUGUAUUUCAAGUUCGAUGUAUGUUGGGUCGGUGAUGAGGAAGCAAGAAAUGUUAUUGAAAGAGCUUGGAAUAGGAAGGGUACUGAUUACAGGGAUAAGAUUGAAAGGGUUAGGUCGGCCCUUGGUCCUUGGCAGUGUAAGAAAUAUGGAAAAAUAAAGAAUGAAAUACGGAAAUUGAAGAAACAGAUUGAGUUGGUCAUUGACUCGGCCAGCAGAGAGGAAAGUGGGAAGACAUUAAAGGAAACUCGCAGAAGGCUUGACUUUCUCUAUGUAAGGAAAGAAAGUUACUGGGCACAAAGGUCUCGGUCAAGAUGGCUUAGGGAGGGCGAUCGAAAUAUUAGGUAUUUCCAUGCUAAAGCCACUGGACGACUAAAGAAGAAUAAUAUUGAGAAGCUUAAAGAUGCGGAAGGAAAUUGGGUGACGAAUAAUAAGGGCAUAAGUAAAGUGGCUAAAGAUUUUUUUGUGAGAUUGUUUCAGUCAAAUGGUCAAAAUGCUAAUAUACAAGAGAUGGGGUAUAUGAAGGAAUGUGUGACGAAGGAAACAAAUGAAUGGCUUAAUAUGAUUUAUACGGAGAGAGGUUCUUCAGGCUAUUAA